CAAAUUGUUUAUCAAAAAAGUAACUCAGUUGACAUUUGAAGAAAAAAACUCGACAGAAUAACAUUGUAUUCACCGGUUUAAAUUUUCUACAUUUAAUUGAAGGCCGACAAACAAGACACGAUGAGCGAGGAACAAGAUGCCAAUAAAAGUGGACCAAUUGCCAAGAGGAUGAAAUUGAAUGAUGAAGAGAAUAAUCCAGCUGAACGUGCUGUUGUUGCUGUGAACGAUGAACAACAAUUGGCUGAUAUUUUCAAACUUAACGUCGACUGUUUCGAAGAAGUGUUCGACUAUCUAUCGCUGGCGGAUUUGGCCUCAAUGGCACAAACAUGUACACGAAUUCAACAAAUUGCGGGACAUUUUUUUCAACUAAAUUAUCGAGCAGAAAAAGUAUGGUUUGACAAAGAUGGUUUUGAACUUAAAGAUGUUAAGAUAGAUUGUUUUAACAAUAUCUUAGAAAACGUGUACGUUAAUUCCCGGCUGCUCUCAAGCAAUGAAGAUGAGUCUUUUUUGAUUCCGUUGAAACACUCAACAUCAAUUAAAGAAAUCGAAUUUGAUUUUUAUGAUUGUGAAGAUUUUUCUAUUGACAUUUAUAGAAUAAAAGAUAUCAUCAGUAAAGCUGAAAAAGUAAGCUUUCGUUAUGGUAAAGAGAUGUUUGAUGAUUUGCUUGAUCUGUGUACAAAUGUGAAACAUUUAUCUUUCAAAAUUGGCAAUCACGAUAAAGUUCAAUCGAUGCGUCACAUUCAUCCAAAGUUGGAACACAUUCAAUUUUUACCUUUCACUACGAUAAAUAUACCGGCCCAAAAAACAUUCAUCGAGCUGAACACGACAAUCAAACAAAUUUCCAUCCACUCCGACCUAUUAUGGAUGAACAGAACACUUUUUAAAAAUCUCAGCCACAAAAUUGAUACAUUGGCGAUUGAUUACUUUGAACAUGAAAAAAUUGAAUUCGAUCUAUUUUGUCGUUUUCUCAAUGAACUCUAUGAGUCUGGAUUUUAUAAGAAACUACAUUUCAUUAAAAGCAUUCGAAUUCAAGAAGAUAUCGAUCAAUUGGCUUCGGUAAAAGGAUUGGUGAAAUUAUAUGUUCGAAAUUACGCGCAUGUUGGUGCUUUGAAAAACUUGGAAGAACUAUGCUCCAUCUACAGUGAUUAUAUUGGUGAUCUGAAAACACUUCCACAUAUGCUCUCAAAACUGAAACGCAUUCAUUUUGAAUAUUCCAGUUAUGAUGAUAUUUUACCAUUCAUUCGCCACGCAGAGAAAGUGAACAAAAUUAAAGUAGAAAGUUUUCGGCAUGGAUCGCAUUUCGAUGAAAAUUAUAAAAUUCUCGAUUUAAUUGCGUUGAAUAAAGAGCGUGAGAAAUUAGUUGGAGCACACAAGAUCACAAUUUACGUCGAUGAAGAUGUGUAUUUGGCAACAAAAUGGGCAAUGAAACAGACGGACUUCAGUUUGAUUAGAAUGAAACGAGAAACAUCAUAUGAUUGGAAACACUGGCUUUUAUAUUAGAUUUGAAUUUUUUUUCUUAGAUUUUAUAUUUUUCUCAAAUGAAUUUUGUCGAAUCUUUUUUUAUUAAUCCGAAAAUAUGUAGUCUAAUCCAGUAAAAACCCAAAUGAGAAUAGAGGUCAGUACGAAUAUCAACACUUAAUGCCUGUGUCUCAAUUUAAACAAUCAUGAAUAUAUACUGAAGUUAUCACAUAUGCUACUUAUUGUUACUUUGAAUAUUUUUCAAGAGAAAAAAAUGUCAAACCAUUCUAAUAAAAUGUCUAAGAUUCAUAAAAAUAAAUGCGCCAAACUGAAUUUAUAGAAAAAACA